AUGCCGCCAAAUAUGAACCCCCGCAAAAGCUCCGUCCGAUUAGGCGGCUUGGGAGAGUCUAUUGCUUUGUUUGAGAUUGAAAAAGCUGGAUUGGCUUCGGUCGAGGAGAGUUUGGAUCCGAAGACUGAGUGGUGUAGUUGGGAGGACGACUCUAGCUCAUCUUGGGAUGAUGAUGGGGAUAAUUUGUUUGCUAACAGUAAAGAACCCGGGAUGCGAAAGAAGAAGAGGAAAACAAUGACAAAGAUUGAGAGUUUUCUUGAAGGUUUGACCAUGAGAAUAAUGGAAAAGCAAGAGCAAAUGCAUAAGGAGUUGAUAGAAUUGGUAGAGAAAAGAGAGAGGGAGAGAAUAGUCAGGGAAGAAACUUGGAAGCAGCAAGAGAUGGAAAGGAUAAAAAGGGAAGAGGAGAUGAGAAGGCAAGAGAUGUCUCGUAACAUAGCACUUAUUUCGUUUAUCCAGAAUGCUUUAGGCCAUGAAAUCGAACCUCUGCAGCCAGGACCAGUCUCAUUUGUGGAAGAAAAUGAAGCUAAAGACUUCGGAAAUCACACUGAAAAUGACAUCAUGUGUGAUCCAAAGAAUAGAAGAUUUUUGGAGUCCUUUGAUUCUAGCAGAAGAUGGCCAGAAGCUGAAGUACAAGCCCUCAUAAUGCUUCGAACUGCUUCAGAACAUAAAUUUCGUAUGAUGGGCUCCAAAUGCUCCAUAUGGGACGAGAUAUCUGUUGGUAUGCAUAAUAUGGGCUAUGAUCGGAGCGCGAAGAAGUGCAAGGAAAAAUGGGAAAACAUGAAUAAAUACUUCCGAAAAUCGAUGGGCAAUGGGAAGAAGCAUCCUGAGAACAGUAAGGCAUGCCCAUAUUUUCAUGACUUGGACAUCUUGUAUAGGAAUGGACUUGAUACUUCAGGAAAUUCCGCAGACUUUACUAACUAUGAUAAUGUUCCCAAAAUAGAAAAGGAGUAAAUAUGGAAGAAGGAAGAAGCUAUGAUUUGUUAAACCUUUGUUGUGACACCAAGUAAUCUUAAGAUCCUGGUGACUAAUUUGUCUUUCUCGAACUUGAUCCGUAUAACGGUAGGCACCUGUAAUCUGUGUUAUUGUUACCUUGAUAAUGGAUACCGCUCUGGUGAACUUUUGUCUAUAAUACCCUCUUUUAGAACAUUAAAUUUACAGAUGAAACGUGCAUUUGAGUUAUUUGUCCA